AUGCUUGGAGAAAUGACCAAUGACACUUUGGAGCCAAUGUUCUACAUCUUUGCCUUCUCUAUAUCUGAGAAUGAUAGAAUUUUUAUUCUAACAGCGGUUUUGCUGAUUUAUCUGACUAUUCUUAGUGGGAACCUUCUCAUCAUUUCAUUGAUAUGUCUGGAGCCCCAGUUACACACAUCCAUGUACUUCUUCCUGUGCAAUCUCUCCACAUUAGACAUUUUGUAUGUCUCCACAACGCUCCCUAAUCUGAUCUAUGUAUCUCACACUGGUGACCAUGUCAUGUCUUAUGCUGCUUGUAUAGCUCAGAUGUACUUGUAUCUAGUAUUUGCUGAUACAGAGUGUUUUCUGUUGACAGCCAUGGCCAUUGACCGUUAUAUAGCAGUUUGCUUCCCGUUACAUUACUCUCUUAUUAUGAGUAAACAGGUUUGUGUAUUACUAGCAUUUCCAGCGUGGUUUGUUGCUUCCAUGAACGCCUCCCUUGUGACCUGCUUGGUCAAUAACUUGACAUUUAUUGGUUUAGUAGAGGUCAAAAAUUUCUUCUGUGAUCUUAAAGCUCUACGUGUUGCUUCCUUUGGUGAUACCAUUUCUUUGAAGAUAUUCAUUAUUGUAGAUGCAAUGAUAAUUGGGGUCAUAGUGGCUUUCUUAAUCCUGGCCUCUUAUAUCUGUAUCAUUUAUACUGUCUUGAAAAUUAAGUCUUCGGCUGGAAGAUGGAAGACGUUCUCAAGCUGUUCUUCCCAUAUAACAAUUGUUGCUUUGUACUUUGGUUCCGCCAUGUCCUUGUACCUGACAAAUUCUGUAGAACAAGAUGUAGUUCUCUCGAUGACGUUUGUUACUUUGGUCCCAAUGUUAAACCCUCUAGUAUACAGCUUGAGGAAUAAAGACAUUGUACAGGCCAUAAGAAAACUAUUACACACAAAAAUAACACAUUAA